UGGUGCAUUAACACGCGCCGCUUUUCACCUCGAAAAUUCGUGCUAAAAUCAACACAAAAAAGAAAAGUGGAAAACUUCGCGUAACACAGCGAGAACAACAACGUGCGGUGUUGUGAGCUUGCCGCAAAAAUCAAAUGAAAGUCCAACCGCAAAGUAAAGCCAAGAGAAAGUCGACAAAAGUGGCAAUAUGCAGUGCGUGUGCAUAGAAAAACCAGAUAUACAGCGGCCACAGGGUAAAGUACUUUGGACAAGUGAAAAAUCCCCCAAGCGCCAGUGAAAAUCGAAGGAAAAACCAACACAGCAUACGCAGAGAAAAUCACUGGAAAAACGGACAAAAUGUUUGGCAGCCAAAGUGGCUGCCUUUGAGGCUGAGUGAGUGGCUCAAGCACGAAGACCUUUUUUAAGACAAAAGCCUAGAGAAACUAAAGAAAAACUUCGAAAUAUUACGAGAAUCUUCUUAUAUUUGAAAUAUUUUCGAAUUCAAAUUUAAAUAACUUUAUUCUUAAUAAAAUAAUUGAUAAUUAAUUACAUAAUAGUAAACAAAGCUCAAAUAGACUGAAAUAGAGUCCAAAUAUAUUACGAAAGUAAAAUGCAAUUAAUUCAACAUAUCAUAUAAAUUAAUUAGAACAAAUUGCAUUUAAGUUAUUAACAAAAAACCAAAACAAGCGUAUAAUAAUUAUACAAAACAAAGGGCAGGAAAACCAAUGAACAAAAGUCAAAAAAUAAACACGGAAAAAAGGCGAGAAUUAAGUGAACCAAAAUAAAAAAGAGAUCAAAGUGCGAAAAUUGUGUGGUGGCUCCAUCGCGAAGAACCAGUAACCCCUAUAAUACUGUAUAAUUCCAUUUCUUUCAAACUCGCCGUUUAGUUCGCGUUCCAAUUAAACUCAAUAAAAUAUCAUUUUAAAUCCAACAGCCAGAAGAACGGCGACACAAAUGGAUCAUCAAUCGUAGAGGCAGCCGAAAAGAAAUCAAGAUCGUCGAGUGUCUAUGAGGACAGCUGAAAGUAUUUUGUUUUUUUUUUUUGGGGCGUGGCUCCAGCUGCCCCACGCCCACGCACGCCCACGGGAGCAAGUGAGACAAGGCGAUCAGUGCGACCGAGAGGGCGAGACAGAUGUGCGAGCGGCGGUGAGUGAGCGGACUCGGUUUCCGGUUUCCGGGGGGUUGAGAAGGUGGUGAAGGCGCAGAAGGACGCAGGACGAAGACCAUGGAUUGGACCCGGUGGCAAAUGGCCAGAGAAAGAGCUGGCAACCCUGGACAAGUCAGGAACAACCCUGGGCGCAAGGAUUGCGAUCGCGAGACCCGAUUGGAGUGGUUGCCCAUUUGAUUCGUUGCGGCUUCACACCCGAGCGACCGCAGCACAGCACAGCAAAAGCAACAAAGCGACGAGCAAUUUGUACAAGCAUUUGUACCAACAAAACUCUAGCACGCAGGCGAGCAGGAAAGCAGGCUGGCAAAAAGGAAGCACGCGAGGCAAAGCGAGACAAAGCAAAGCGGAAGCAGACACCAAGCAGAAGGAAAAGCAAGCUUGCAAGGUUACCAAAAGCAAAAAAAGAAAAAAGCUCGCUUGCUAGCCAAGAGAAUUGAAAAGCAGAUCAGCAAGCUGGCUAUGUAAGAUAAAAAGCAUGCUUUGUCUUCAGCAAUGCAUGUUAAGCUAUAAAAAAGCAUAAAAAAAGAAGAAAGCGAGACAAAUUUAAGAGAGCGUAGAAGCUAAAGGAGCAGAAUAAAAGCAAGCAAGCUGGAUUGAACAAAAACCAAGAAAGCGAAGCAGGAACGCCAGCUAACAAGCAAGCCGGAAAUCAAGAAGUCCAGGGAGAAGGGGACGCCGACCACUUCUAAGCAGUUGCGUGACCCGCGCGUUUUGCACAAUAAACAGCGUAAUUGCUCAUAAAGCGACUGCUGUGAAUGACCCGCACGCCGGACUAGCCAACCGUUUACGGCAAUUAGAAGCCGGUCCGGAGGAGGAGGUGACAAGCUAUUAGGCGGGCGGGGGGCGAAGGGCCCCCCAACCACGGAUGUAUAAGCCGGACACGCUCACGCGCCGCGGCAGCCUGAGAUCCCUGCGCAGCGCCCCGCUCCUAAGCACCGUGCUCGAAAGCACGCUUUCGUUGACCCGCAUCCACCCGAUCGCCUCCUUGGAGCUGCCCGGCCUCGACUAUGCGGUCCAUUCGCAGUCGGCCUUCGGCGCCUACGGGCUGGCCCAUCCCCGGGAUCUAGCCACCUGCACCUCGUUGCGCAGCGGCCUCGCGGCGAUCACCGCGGCCUCCGCCUCCGCCGCCGGCGGAGUCUCCCAGUCGCAAAGCGCUCUCCUCGGGCGGUACGGCCCCAACGCCUCGAUUCGCCACGGAGAGCGAAAGAUUGUCCAGCCGAAACGGGUUCUAUCACGCAAACUAAAGCCACAUCUUGUUGCGGACACCGUUAAGCAGUAUAUAAGUCGGGCCCAACGCACAACCAAAAAGGGUUCUCAAGAGCAGCAAAAUAUGGAGUUUUUACGCGGCGUCUAUGCGUUUAUGCAAGUGAGUAGAUCAUCGGUGUCUCAUGUCAAAAUCGAUUCACCUGUUUUUCGCCUGCACACCAACGCAACGGUUAUAUUACUGAUCACAUUCUCGAUUGCUGUGACGACGCGGCAGUACGUAGGAAAUCCCAUAGACUGUGUACAUACAAGAGACAUUCCCGAAGAUGUUCUCAACACAUAUUGUUGGAUACACUCAACGUAUACAGUGGUCGAUGCGUUUAUGAAAAAGCAAGGUUCCGAGGUGCCUUUUCCCGGAGUUCACAAUUCACAGGGCCGCGGGCCUCUAACAAUAAAGCACACAAAAUAUUAUCAAUGGGUAGCGUUUACACUAUUUUUUCAGGCAAUCUUAUUUUAUACACCAAGAUGGCUGUGGAAAUCUUGGGAGGGUGGCAAGAUUCAUGCGCUCAUCAUGGACUUAGACAUAGGCAUUUGUUCCGAAGCCGAGAAAAAACAAAAAAAGAAAUUACUUUUAGAUUAUUUGUGGGAAAAUUUAAGAUAUCACAAUUGGUGGGCGUACAGAUAUUACGUGUGUGAGCUGCUCGCCCUUAUAAAUGUGAUAGGUCAAAUGUUUCUUAUGAAUCGAUUUUUCGAUGGCGAAUUUAUGACAUUUGGCCUGGAAGUGAUAGAUUAUAUGGAGACCGAUCAGGAAGAUCGCAUGGAUCCGAUGAUUUACAUAUUUCCCAGAAUGACCAAAUGUACAUUUUUUAAAUAUGGUUCAAGUGGGGAGGUGGAGAAACACGACGCCAUUUGCAUUUUACCAUUAAACGUUGUUAAUGAGAAGAUUUACAUUUUCCUUUGGUUUUGGUUUAUAUUAUUAACGUUUCUCACAUUAUUAACGCUAAUAUACAGGGUGGUGAUUAUAUUCUCUCCUCGAAUGAGGGUCUACUUAUUUCGUAUGCGAUUUAGGUUAGUGCGUCGUGACGCUAUUGAAAUAAUCGUUCGUCGUUCGAAGAUGGGCGAUUGGUUUUUGUUGUAUUUACUAGGUGAAAACAUAGAUACAGUUAUAUUUCGUGAUGUUGUACAGGACUUAGCGAAUCGUUUAGGACAUAACCAACACCACAGGGUGCCUGGCUUAAAAGGUGAAAUACAGGAUGCAUGAUAUUGGGAGUAUUAGAAGCAAUACAAAAUGCAAUUUGUCGUCUCCAUUUGAAAACCAUCGAAAUCAACAACAACAAGAACAAGACUAAGAAAGAAAAAUUACAACCACAAUGGAAUCUAGAGAUCUUCGCAGCAGCCGCUUCAUAACAAACUCAACACACCGCUAAAAAAUCUUUAAAAAACGUAUCUCAAAAAUACAACCAAAAAAACUAUCGUCAGCUCGCAGUCAGUCAUAAAUCAGCAUUUACAACCAUGAUCGAUAGUCGAUUGAAACACACCCAAAAACCACAGGGCAUAGAACCACAAAAGAAGUACAGAACCAAAUGGAAGCGGAAUGAAAGCAGAAGGAAAAUGGAAGAAAAUAGGAAAACAUCAAAACAGCCACGCAACGAGAGGAAUUUGGAAACAAAAUCAAUGUCAAUCAAUUAAUGUAACGAAAAUAAGUAAAUGGAUAAUGGAUAAUCGGAGGAGAGAGAACGGAAGUCCUGCGACUUCCGGACAGGACUCCCAGGCCGGUGGCAAGUAGCGCCUGCCGUCGGCCAGGGGUCACAAGGUCACAAGUCACAAGGGAUCGCUUGGGAAAUCAGCGAUCGGCGACCCAUAGAACAGUUGCCCAAAGGACAAGGUCAAAGUGUGAGGAGAACAGCAACAAUGGACAGCACCGGAAACGGACAGACACGCACACACACACAGACGACGCAACACUCACACACAACCACGCUUAUAGCGACAUCACUCAUACGCCCCGUAGAACACACCGCACUUUGCUUGUCAUGCAGCGUUAACUAAACCAAACAUCAACAAAGUCGAGACGACGCCCGCGGAAAAUUGCAUUUCUGUAUUAACCCCAAUGAGAAAUCGAAAACGUAGAAGAAGAAGAUGAGAAGAAAAACGAGAAAAUCGAUGAUCAGCAUCACUUUCACCGAGGAAAAGCAGGAGCAGCCACUUAAACGAGACGCUACAGCUACAACAACUCGAAAGAACAACAGUAACAACAACAAAAGCGGCAAAUGAAAGUCAAGAAAAUCGCAAGUGGAAAUCGCAGAGAGGAGUAACAGUUUAAUUAAAUUAAAUUCAAUUCAAUUAAAUUACUUAUUACAAUGAUAUCUUGAAGUGUUCAUGUAUUCGAAUGUAGGUUAACUAAGUCAAGCAUACAAAUAAUUCUACAUAUAUGUAUAAUAUAUAUAUUAUAUAUAUAUAUAAACAAUUUUUUUUUCUAACUCUAAGCAUUUGUAUUACCCGCUAAACAAAUGAACAACAAAACAAAAGAAAACAAAAACGAAAAGAAACGACAAAAAAACAAUGAAAAAUCAACCAAAAAAAGGCAAACUGAAAACAGAAUUUUUUGUAUACAGAAAUGAAAGAAAAUUAAAAACCAAAAUGAGCAGAUAGAGAGUAAUAAGAAAGAAAAAACAAAGGCCGAGGAGUAACGAACAGAAAAUAUCAGUAAAUAUCAAAGAAAGUUCAGAAAAUACCAUACCGAAUACCGAAAAACCGAAACAAAAGAUACAUUUACAUAGUUUAAUUAGAAGAAACUAUAGCGCGCAUCACAUUAUAUAACCGAAAAACCGAAAAACUGAAAACCGACCGAACAGAACUCAACUCCCAACUCACAAAGACAAACGGAAACGGAAAUGUUUUAAGCUCACACACACACACACACACACACACACCACACACACGUAUACAGCAUGUAAAGCAUAUAUAAAUAUAUAUAACUAUCAAUCGAUCGUUUAGCAAAAGAGAGCAGCCAACAUUCGCAGCAUAAAUCAAUUAACUCCACUAAUAAUAGAGCAUACUCAACUCUCUCUCUCUACAAAAAUACGCCUAGUACUCAAGCGGAAAAUGCGAAAAUUCCCCAGGAAAAUCGGGCGGAACACUAACGCUUUGCCACAUGAUUCAAAUGUAAACAUAACGAUAAUAAUACUAUUAUACCGCUAGCGAAUAAAGUCCCAAAAAUGAGGGUUCAGCUCAGGAGUUCGACAAUUCCCCUAAAGUCAGUAUGUACGUGUAGGCAUUGCAGGUGGCCGCCCCGCAUUGAGACCUUCCUAUAGGAGUAGGAGAAACCCCUCCGAAAGUUAGUCUUCACCCAUCCAUGAGUUCAUCAUGUGCUACAAAUCGUAAUAUCCGUCCAGAAAACCUUUUGAAGCGCGCCUCCCUUCUAUACUUUCUAUAUCCGCUGGGAGAUCCCAUCCUGAUUCCGAUCUCUCUCUCUCUCUUUUGGAAACCCGAUCCUUGAUCUGGGUUCCAAGCGACUUCCGUAUCCCCCAAGAAAAGGACCAAAGAACCAGUCACCCCCACGCAUUUUCCACAUCUCUCAAAGGACGACCAACAAAAUAAGUACACAGCCAGAAAAAGCCAAGCCAGAGAUGCAAAUCUAACAACAAAUGUCACUGCCAACAAAACCAGUUAAAGUAAAAUCAAGUUAAAAUAGUUAAAGACCGUAUAUGAAAAAAAAACUAAAUGGGAGAGGGUCUAGAAUGGAGGGUUUUUCUCGCGGGGCUGAGCCUGCAAUGCCUAAAGUACACCAAAAAGCGAAAGGAAUUUACCCCCGAAGAUUGUUCCUUGUCACGAAAAAUCAGGAAUUGCCGGUAUGGACCUGCUCAACCUCUCACUCCUUUCGGGAAUUACUUUCGGAUUUCGGACUUGGGAUUUAGAAUCAUCUAAUUUGAGUGCUUUUUUCCGUCUACUCACACUACUCAGCAUACUCAAGACGCAUUACGAUUUAGAGGGAGGAGGAGAAGAAGGUGGGGGCAAUGUUGAAGCGAAAAAACAAUAAAUGUAACAAUAAAUGGUAAUAAGUAAUUUUAGCGUACUUUUUUUUAACAGCUUAUAGCCAACUAAGUGAAGUAAUUGUAAUUCUAGUUCAAACUGAACCAUUUUUGUCUGCGUUUUUUUUUUCUUCGUGGAUUCGUAGGUUAAGUCACACACACAUACAGAUACAGAUACAACCACACGUAAAACACAACCAAAACCACAAACAGUAAACGAAAAGCAAAUGUAUAAAUAUCGAGUAUACUUACACUGUAAUUAUAGGGGGGCGAAAUAAGAAGGAAUACCAUACCAAAACGUAAGCAUAUUACAAGGAAAUUGCCAUUAGUCGAUAGUGUUAAAGCGAUACGUAUAUGAUCUACAAUGCUAGGCUAAUGAAAAACCAAAAAAAGAAACGAAAAGGAGGAAGGAAUAUUAGUGUAGCUCAAGAUGGAAUCUCUCGUAUCUCGUAACUCGUAACUCCAACUAAAAGCAAUUGUAAAAUAUCGUAACAGGUCUAGGGGCGAUCAAACAAACAAACAAAAGCAAAAGCAAAUGCAAAUGCAAACGAACAAAAAAAGCAAGACUUUAUUUUUCAAAGUGUUUGCCGCAAUAUAUAAAAUGUACUAGCUGAAUCUAGAGGUUAAGAAGGACAUUUCAUAGACGCAAUCCUAGAAGCAAUAAGCACAGGCGGAAACGGAAAUGAAAAUGAAAGCAGGAACGAAAGCGGAAGCGGAAACAGGCAUCGAUGACUUUUCACCACGUUUCAACACCUCCGGUACAGUUCUGUCCACUUUUCACCACACAGCACGGCACUUCUCCCUCCCUCUCUCUCUCACACCCUCUUAUCCCGUCUCUUUUACACUAAUCUUUAAACUAUUUCCAAACUUAACAGCCUGUUUCCACUACAAUCAUCUUAUGUCGAAAUUGUAUCAAAUGCAAAGUGUGAACAGUGCGAUUUUACUCACAAAGUCAGUGGAAACAGGCCAUCUCUCUUGUUCAUCCCAUUUUAAACAUCUGUAAAAUAUUGGAAAAUUCUGUUUCUUGCUUUUCAGUGACCCGGAAUCUCAGAAUAUGUGUUUGUCCUUUGUUUGUUCAUUUGCUUGUCAAUUUGUUUGUUUGUUUGUUGGCUUGUUCCCGGUCCGAAUUUAGUUUCUGCCAUAUUAUUUGUGUAUAAUUAUUAUGUAUUCUUUGGUGGCUAAGUUAAAGCUUAAGUUCUGUAACUUCUACCGUACUUUCUCACUCAUUUGUUCUUUCGUGCAAUAAAAACGAGACUUGUAUACAUAUCAUUGUUUAUUUGGUUUUAUUUUUGGGGUUGCCUUACAUAUUAUCCACUCACUUCCACCCACUCUUCCUCUCUCUCUCUAUCUUUAUCCCUGUCUCUGUCUAUCUUUCUCAGCACCAGCACAACAACAGCAAAACAAAAAAAAAACGAAGAAGAAAGUCAAUUUCUCACGGCUCAAAAACGCAAUAAAAAAUGAACCAAGAAAUCGAAUCGAACUAAAAGCAACAAUUAGUGAAGCAUAUUGGUGAAAUACUCGUAACUUAUAUUUUAAAUCGAAUUAGUGAGUGAUUAGCGCAACGGUAACGAUAAAAAUACAAUUUAGUUGAAUUCCCUAGCAGAAUCGAAUCGAAUCGAAUAGUGAGAACUUUUUAUUAGGAAGCGAAAGCAUUUUUUAAUUGUAUACUAAUCGAAUCAAAAUUGUAAAGAACAAAUAAACAAAUAUUGCAUACAAAUUGAAACUGCCAAUUCACAUUCUCAGACAAAUUUUUACGAAGCUAAAGCUAAAACCAAAACCUUACAACACCCAAUUAAUAGCACUAAGCGAAAAUAUACAAAAUUGCUGAAUAUUACAACCGACAAGCGAAACAUAAUCGAUAAAUCGUAAAAUCGAACUCGUAUCUAGAUCAAUAACUAUGCCCACGACUUUGACUUUGACGCUCCUUCGUUUCGUUUUUUCCGAUUUUCGAUAUCCGAUAGCCAAUACAUCCGAUAGUCAGUCGAUAGCCUAUAUCGGAUUGCGGCUCAGGCUUACUUUAGUCACUUAGCGUAUAUAUCAAUUUGUGUGUGUGUGAACAAAUAGCAGACAAUAAUUAGUGAAAGGAACUUUUUAGGCGAGAUCGAGGGUCCAGGACUGAAAUGCCGAGGGAAAGUUUUCCACUAUUCCUGGACUAAGGGGGCGUGGCUGGGGAUUUUUACAAGCAGCUAAUUUAUUGUCUUCCAACAUAGCAUAAAUGAUUCACUUUAGUCAAAAUACUGUGUUUGCCAGCUUAAGUGUGAGUUAGUUUUAAUUUGUUACUGUUAAUUUCCUUUACUGUUUGUUUAUUGUUUUUAUUAAAUUCUAUACUAAUGCCACGUCCCAUGAUCUCAAAGGCUUGAAAGUGAUAGAAAGAGAUUUAUUUCGUUGGUGGCCCAGAGUUCAGCAGCAAAGUUAGCGAGCAGCAUUUGAUGGAGUGUAUAGGAAACUGCCUUAAAGUGAUUUUCAAGUAAGACCGAUCGAUCAACCAGCAAACCGUGUAUAUAUAUUAUAUAGAGGCCGAGAGUCGAGUCGGUGAGCAUUUUUUUUACUAAAAGCAACUUACGAGUAAGCCUAACUUUUAACACAAGGACAACCCUUACACACGACCUGUACAUAGCCGACAUACAUACAUACAUACAUACAUACAUACAUACGAACACCCUGCAUAUAUAUAAAAAUAUAUAUAUACAAGCAUAUACCUAUAUAUAAAGUGUUUUAUAACGAAGUGGAUUAGUUGGUAACUGUAGAGCGAGACAUCUUUAGCAAAAUUACACCUAAGUUUUCCAGAUUCAGAUGACUUUUUAACCAGACAAAAGCGAACGGCAAAAAGCAGCAGGCUGGCAGGUAGACAAAUUAUGAAAUUAUAAUAUUAUGAAAUUAUAAAAUUACAUAGAAAAGCAGUCAGAGUAAGGAACUAUUUGUAUUUCAACUUGUUUUCCACGAGAUCCUAAGUUUAGUCAAACGUAAUGGAAUGUAAAUGAUAAAACGAAACAAACGUAUGUAAAAUAAUUGCAUAAAUAAUUUCAAAUAUAUUCGCCGAUUGCCUUCAACUAGAGGAAUUUUGAUUACACUUAAUAACGAAUACUAAAUAAUUAAUAAUAAUUAAAUAAUGCAUUGAGUAUUUAUACAAAACAAAAAGUAAAAACAACUAUAAAUAUAUGGAAAAUGGAAAAGUGGGUAGAGGAGCAGAAGGAGAAGAACAAACGCAGAAAGGCAGACGCAGACAGAGAACAACAAAUCUACACAAAAAUGAAAUUCAAAAAGAACUGAAGUAAAAACAAAGAUUUUAAAGCAGUAACAAAUGGCAAACAAAAGAGAACAAACGAAAAAAAAAUCAAGAUAAAGCAUUCAUAUUUGUACACUAAACCCGUUAAGGAGUACGCAACUUAUACACGCAAUAUUAGACUAAACCGACUUCGAUAACCGAUAAACGAUAGAUUUCCCCAGCCCCCAGCACAGAUGGCGAGGGUCCCCGUUCCCGCGGAGAGCCCCCGGUCUUCAGCUGCUUCAAAUUGAUUAUUAACUUUUUUGUUAACUAGAGACACUCGCACAUAUCCAAUGAAAGACGUCGAUUACUUUCCAUCCCCAUUCCUAUCGAAAGACCACCACCCCUAGAUACGCACACCCCCAAGAAUCGAAAGCGAAAUCGAUGGCAAAAUCGAGAUCACAACAACAAUUAUGAAUACAAUUACAAUGGCCACCACAACUACAGAUGCACAACCACUGGAGCGAAGGACAUGCGAAUUAAGAAAGCUGAUAUAGGAGCUGAAAGGAGUAGAUCGAAUCUAGUGAAUACUUUUAGGCAUUAAGCGUACUUCUAGUUUGUAUCUCUUAUAUACACACAGAUAUAUCUAGGUAUGUGGAUAUAGCAUAAUUAUACAGAUAUACAAACCUAUCGAUAACUCACAUACCGCAUACAACUAGCCAGUGGAAGUCGAAGUCGAGCGCAAAUCGCAGAUGAUCGAUAAUAAUCGAUCCAGGUCGAUAGAGGUCGAUAGAGGUGUAGAUCCGAUCUUUUUUUUGUACUAGUACUUGUAUGGUAAUUGCUAACGGUAUAUGGUAAAUGGUAAAAGGUAAAGGUAAACGGUAACGGUAAUGGACAUUUAACUAGUUAUAACGUGCAGUUAUCGUAAUUUAUGAUUAUCGAUUAUUGAGUCUUGAGUACGAUUAUUACGGAACGUUUAAUUUUGUUAAUACGAAAACAAAACGCGAGCAUGGUUAAUAAAGCUUUAAUUUGAAGCUAUAUAGGUAUAUAUAUACGCCCAUAUAUAUAUAUACCCACACACUUGACACCACACACACUCUGACACACUCACACACACACAAGGAAACGUCCUCAGUUUAUAAAUUUUCAAAUGAGUGACAUGGAAAACUUGAAACGAAACGAAAACGAAACGAAAACACGUAGGCAGUACGAAUUAGGUCUUAAGGCCCCCAUAUAAGUAACAUACAAUUAACAUUAUUAAACGAAUCAAUUUAUUAUUGAUGGCAAAUGGAAACGAUAGCGAUAGCGAUGACGAUAAGGAUAACGGUAAUGGUAGCGAGAGGGGAGAGCCAGGCAGGAUAGGAUAGGUCGGUGGCGCGGUCAUAUAGAUCACAUAUGCGAUCAUAUAUCCGAUAUCCGUCGAUAUAUGGCCGGUAUAUACGUAUAUAUACAUAUAUACAUAUAUGCACACGUGCCCCGGUCGCCAUACAUAUACACACACAUAUACUAUAUGCAUAAUACCAGUGACGAGAGUUUUUAGUCUAUACUAAUCGAAUCGAUCCGAUCGGAGGAGGAGAAGGAGAACGAGGAGGCAAAACAAAUAUAUAUACAAUACAUGGCAUACACUUAUAUGAAGCCCCUAUAUUGAGGAUAUAAACGUGAAUUUUUAGCAGACUAAGUAAUAAAUUAUACACUCUAACAGGCGGACAUAAUCGAACUACAUACACUCAAACACACACACACACACGAACACAGGGCGGUAUGCAGAUAUAUAUAUUAUAUACAUACGUCAGCAAUACGAAUAACAGUAAUAAUAAUACUAUGCAAUAAAGCGAGGAGGAGUGAGUACUAAGCGGAAACGGAAGUGGAGGCGAGAACACCUAACAUUUAAGACACUGAACAAAAAAUCGACUUGUAAAUAACACAAACACCCACAAACACACACACAGACAGACCGCAGACAGUCGCAUCAGUAUACAUACACCCACUCACACACAGCCACACACACUCACACAUUUUACGAUUAGUUAAUUUUACAAACUAAAAUUAUUGCAGCAGGCGCAUUACAUAAAAUGAAAUACAACUAAAAAAUGGCAGAACGAAACGAAAAUAAAACCAAAAAUCAUAUGCAUUAAAGGUAAAGUAAAGGCAAAGAGAAAGCAAAGCAAAAAUGAGAAAGUAAAGCGAAUGAGCCCAGUGGGUUGCAAAGGGGCGGGGGAACUCUCCACCCGAGCCACGCCCCCCGCCCUCGACACGCCCAAAAAAA